AUGGCGACGGCGAUGCGCGGCCGCGACGGCGACGAGGGCGCGAGCGCGGGGGGUGGGGUGGGAGGGGUGGAGGGGGCUCGGGUGGAGACGCGGGCGUCGACGUCGAAGACGACGGCGAGACGGUUCGGCGAGAGGGUCGGCGAGCGGGUCGGAGGGACGACGCUCGCGGGGUUGGGGGCGGUGAGCGCGCUUGGGAUCGAUGUUCAAGGUCCGGCGUCGACGUUGACGGCGAUCGGGGUGUUGGCGGUGAUCAUAACCGUGCACGAGUGCGGACACUUUUUCGCCGCGCGGGGGCAGGGGAUACACGUGACGCAGUUCGCGGUGGGAUUCGGACCGAAUCUGUUCACCUAUCGUGGGCCCGAGGUGGAGUAUAGUCUGAAGGCGAUUCCGCUCGGCGGGUUCGUCGCGUUUCCGGACGACGACGAGGACUGUCCGUAUCCGGCGGAUGACCCGGAUUUGUUGCGCAACCGCCCGACGGGGGAUCGCGCGUUGGUGGUGUCCGCGGGAAUCAUCGCCAACGUCUUGUUCGCGUUCGGGAUUUUGUACAAUCAAGUCACGACGAUCGGACUCAGCGAGCAGAAGUUCGAACCGGGCGUCGUCGUGAAGGGUUUCACGGGUCAGUCGGUGGCGCAACAGGCGGGCAUCGAAGCGGGCGAUAUCAUUCUAUCCGUGGACGGUGAACCUCUCGCGGCGACCGGCGGGUCCGUGGGUAAGCUGGUAAAUGCGGUUAAAAAAUCACCGAACGAACUCAUGAAGUUUGAGCUCAUGCACCUCGGAGCGGACGGCGCGCCUGAGGUGAAAAUCGUCGAGGUGCGCCCGGGCUCGACCGCGGCCGGUGAAGGCAAGGUUGGCGUCAGACUCGAGGCCAACGCGAGCGUGAGCAAGCACAUCGCCAGUAAUCCCGUCGAAGCCGUCACGCUGACCGCUAAAGAGUUCUCCAGACUCACCGCCUUGGUCUGGAACAGCCUCUCUGGCUUGUUCACAAACUUUAACGAGCACAAGACAGAGGUGAGCGGACCCAUCGCCAUCGUCACCACUGGCGCCGAGGUCAUGCGAAAUGACAUCAGCGGCCUCUACCAGUUCGCUGCCGUUAUCAACAUCAACCUCGCCAUCGUCAACUUACUUCCCUUGCCGGCGCUGGAUGGCGGUUUUUUACUUCUCAUCGCCAUCGAAGCCGCGCGAGGCGGAAAGAAGAUUCCGAAGACGGUCGAGCAGAGCAUCACGGGCGCCGGAGUACUCUUUCUAUUCAUCUCCGGCACGUCAUUAAUCUUUCGCGAUGCCAUCAACUUGAUUCCUCGUUAG